CGUCAUUGGCCACCGAGAGCCCCAACGCAACGCCUCCUUAAAAUCCCACCCGUUCAAAAAAAUCCGACGCCCCAAAAACCCGAGACGGGCGAUACCCACCCCCGCGACCACAAACCCUACCCCCAUUCCCAUCGGGGACGAAGAGCCCCGCGAUCGCGAGGGCUCAAACCCCCCUCCUCUUCCCGCCCCCGCAAACCCUAAUUCCCCGAUUCUACCGCAAGAAACCCUCGCCCCUCGGACAUGGCCCCGGAAUCCCUCCAAUGCCGGUGAAUUCCCGUCGCCUCCUCGCUUCUAGGGUUUCAGGUUCUCCCGUCGAAGGAGCCCUAAUUCGAACUCUGGGAACUCUCGGCCAUCGAAAAUGGACGCGAAAUCCGUCCAAUGCUGGUGAAUUCCGAUCGGUUGUCUGAUCCUAGGGUUCCGGCGCUGAUCCCCGGGCACCGGAGAUGUCUCGCCACGCCACCACCUCCCAUUUCCACAAAAAUAAGACGCUCGAUAACAAAUACAUGCUUGGAGACGAGAUCGGGAAGGGAGCUUACGGGCGUGUCUAUAAAGGUCUCGACUUGGAGAAUGGAGACUUCGUGGCAAUUAAGCAGGUCUCACUGGAGAAUAUCCCGCAGGAGGAUCUCAACAUUAUAAUGCAAGAAAUCGAUCUACUAAAGAUUCUUAACCACAAAAACAUCGUCAAAUAUCUUGGAUCAUUGAAGACAAAGACUCACCUGCACAUAAUUCUUGAAUACGUGGAGAAUGGCUCACUUGCUAAUAUGAUCAAACCAAACAAAUUCGGACCAUUCCCUGAAUCACUGGUGUCUGUUUACAUAGCUCAGGUGUUGGAAGGUCUUGUGUACCUGCAUGAGCAGGGUGUUAUCCAUAGAGAUAUUAAGGGUGCAAACAUCUUGGCCACCAAGGAGGGUCUUGUUAAACUUGCCGACUUUGGUGUUGCCACUAAAUUAACUGAAGCUGAUAUUAACACACAUUCUGUUGUUGGAACACCAUACUGGAUGGCACCUGAGGUCAUAGAGAUGUCUGGGGUUUGUGCUGCAUCAGACAUCUGGAGUGUUGGUUGCACUGUUAUUGAGCUGCUCACCUGUGUUCCGCCAUAUUACGAUCUCCAGCCUAUGCCUGCACUUUUCCGGAUUGUUCAGGAUGUGCAACCUCCCCUACCUGAUGGACUCUCACCUGAGAUUACCGACUUUCUUUCUCUAUGUUUUAAGAAGGAUGCAAUGCAAAGACCUGAUGCAAAGACAUUAUUGAUGCACCCAUGGAUACAAAACUCAAGAAGAGUGUUGCCUUCUUCCCUUCGGCAACCUGGUGGUUCAUUAAGGAACAUUGACGAAGAUGAUAAUGAGUUGGCUGGGGGCGACCAUGGUGAUGUUGAUAGCACACAAGUAGAAAGAAGAAAGAGUGUUGCAUCUGACCAUGAACAAGAUCACUUAAGUAAAGAGCUCUUGGUGGAUGAUUCUGUUGAUAGAAGCAAAUCUGAUAAAGAUCACAGUUUGAAGCCUAAGCUUGUGGAGAAUACUUCAAACGGUGUAGAACAUAUAAAUGAUGAUUUGCUUCUUGCUAAAGAUCCUACACUAGUUUUACUUGAAAAGCCAUCAUCAGGGUCCAUGAAAGAACCAGUUCUCAGCAAUGAAGUAAUGCCAGCUGAACUGUCUCCAGACCAGUUAUUAGCUAAGAAGGUGCAAAGCUUCCAAGAAUCAAGCAAAGGAAAUACUGGAGAUGUAGAACGUGAAGAUCAAGUAAGCUCAGUCCCUGAGGAAAAUAACACCUUUUCAUUUGGCUCUGGCAGACAAAGUUUACAAAAGAUAAAGCAUUCAGCAGCUCACGGAGCUAAUGAGCUUAGUAGGUUUAGUGACACUCCUGGAGAUGCCUCCUUAGACGAUCUAUUCCAACAGCUAGAUAAACAAGGCAACCGAGGCGCUGAAGCUUCGACCUCCGGUACAGGCCAAGAACAUGUAAUGGCAUAUGAUGCUCUUCAAAACGACUUGGCAAAGGAGCUUAAGGCUAGAAUGGCCCAGAAACAGAAAGAAAAUGGCGCAAGUCAGAGCAAUGGUGGAAAGCUUCUAGAGUUUGUUAUGGGUCUUAGGGCUGCUGAUAUCAUUGAUAUUGAUGGAUCGGUAUUUGAUGAGAACAUGCCGGAUGACAAACUUUUCCCUUUGCAGCCUGUCGAUUUCAGCAAGAUAGUCGGCUUGCUGAAACCAGAGGAACCUGAGGAUGUGAUUCUGUCAGCUUGUCAGAAGCUAAUAGUUUUAUUCGAACAGCGUCCUGAGCAAAAGCAAAAUUAUAUGUCUCGGCAUGGUUUCCUCCCGCUGAUGGAUCUUCUUGAAGUUCCAAAAAAUCGUGUUUUAUGCGCAGUGCUCCAAAUCAUCAACCACAUUAUCAAGGACAACCCGAGUUUCCAAGAAAAUGCUUGCCUCGUCGGCCUUAUUCCGGUGAUUAUGAACUUUGCGGUUCCCGAUCGUUCCCGAGAAGUUCGCAUGCAAGCAGCCUUUUUUGUCCAACAGCUUUGUCAAUCAAGUACUUUGACGUUGCAAAUGUUCAUCGCUUGCCGUGGAAUUCCCGUUUUGGUUGGCUUUCUUGAACCUGACUAUGCAAAGUAUAGGGAAAUGGUUCAUCUCGCGAUCGAUGGCAUGUGGCAAGUCUUUAAACUUCAGUACUCGAGCUUACGAAAUGACUUUUGCCGCAUUGCUGCGAAGAACGGCAUACUCCUUCGGCUUGUGAACACCCUUCAUAGCUUGAAUGAGGCGACUCGACUGGUCUCUGGCUCGGCCCAGCGACCGAGGUCUGGUUCACUUGACCCCCCUAAUCGGUUUUCGGGUCAACUAGAAGCAUUGCAAGUUUCAACUUCUCAUCCUCAAAGGCCUGAUAGUAUUGAUGCAGAUAAGCCUCGUCUUUCCCUUGAAGCUUCAGCACCUUCUGCUUUUACCGAAAUUGCAACAGAGAAUGCAUCCAAUUUGAUGAAUAGAGUUUUUCCUGCUGCGAGAAAUUCUACUGACAGGUCACCGAAAAAUAUAGAGCUUGUGUCGAAUGGCCAUGCUGGUGGUCCUAGUCAAUCAGCGCCUCAACAAGAACAGAUUCGGCCACUUCUCAGCCUGUUGGAGAAAGAACCACCCUCUCGACAUGUAUCUGGACAGCUCGAUUAUGUUCGUCAACUUUCUGGAUUGGAAAGGCAUGAAAGCAUUUUGCCGUUAUUACAUGCUUCAACAGAAAGGAAGACAAACGGUGAACUCGAUUUAUUAAUGGCGGAAUUCGCAGAGGUCUCUAGACAUGGACGAGAAAAUGGAAAUUUAGAUCCCAAUAUGAAGAAUUUGCACAAAACCACUUCCAAAGUUCAUAUACCACCAAUGAUGGGACUAACAGCUUCCAAGGAAGGAGCUUCUACGUCUGGAGUCGCGUCUCAGACGACAUCUGGUGUGCUAUCUGGAUCUGGUGUACUCAAUGCAAGACCAGGAAGUACAACAUCCUCCGGAUUGCUAUCUCAAAUGGUUUCUCCGAUGAGUGCUGACGUGGCAAGGGAAUAUCUGGAAAAGGUGGCGGACCUUUUAUUGGAAUUUGCGCAGGGUGACUCCGUGGUCAAAUCGCACAUGUGCAGCCAAAGCUUGCUUGUUCGACUCUUCCAGAUGUUCAAUAAGAUAGAGCCUCCGAUUCUUCUGAAGAUCCUUAAGUGUGUCAAUCAUUUGUCAACUGACCCCAAUUGUUUGGAGACUCUUCAACGUGCAGAAGCAAUCAAGCAUCUUAUUCCAAAUCUUGAACUCCGUGAAGGGCCUCUUAUUUCUCAAAUACAUACCGAGGUCCUCAGUGCACUGUUCAAUCUAUGCAAGAUAAACAAGAGAAGACAGGAACAAGCGGCCGAGAAUGGAAUAAUUCCCCACCUGAUGAACUUUAUCAUCUCCGAUUCACCACUGAAGCCAUAUGCAUUGCCCUUAUUGUGCGACAUGGCCCAUGCAUCUCGGAAUUCACGGGAGCAGCUGAGGGCACAUGGCGGAUUGGAUGUAUACCUCAACUUACUGGAGGAUGAAGCAUGGGCUGGGACUGCACUUGAUUCCAUCGCAGUCUGCUUGGCCCUUGAUAACGACCACAGGAAGGUAGAGCAGGCACUGCUUAAGAAGGAAGCAAUUCAGAAGCUCGUAAAGUUCUUCCAAAACUGCCCUGAACAAUAUUUCGUGCACAUUUUGGAGCCUUUCUUGAAGAUAAUCACCAAAUCAUCUCGUAUAAAUACAGCCAUGGCUAUAAAUGGCCUUACAACAUUGCUUAUUGCGAGGCUCGACCAUCAAGAUGCUAUUGCUCGUCUUAAUCUGCUCAAACUGAUAAAGGCUGUUUAUGAGCACCACCCUCGACCAAAGCAGGUUAUAGUGGAAAACGACCUUCCUCAGAAACUCCAAAACCUUAUCGAGGAACGAAGAGAUGGACAACGCUUAGGCGGCCAGGUCCUGGUGAAGCAAAUGGCAACUGCUUUACUAAAAGCACUUCAUAUCAACACCGUCCUGUGAAUUUAGAGUCCCCUAUGCACAUUGUAAAUUUGAUUUAUAAAAGAAAUGCAAUUUCCUCUUUUGUUUUAUUUUCUUUCUUUUUUUUUUGUAAGUUUGAUUUUGUUUUAUUGUGGAGAACAAGUUCUGUUUUCUUUUCCUGUAGAUGAUCAUCUGUUUUGACUGAAAUGGUUUCCGGAAAGGUUUAUAUUUAUUCGCUCACAAGGUUUUUGUUUA